AUGGCGUUAAGGGGAGGGUAUGGGCACAAACGCCAGCGAGAUGCGAGCGGCCAUCCAUCUCAGGGCCAGAGUUCGCAAAGGGAUGAAAUUCGACAACAGCUUCGCCUUGUCUCGGAGGAAACUAAAGAACUCAUACCGCUGGUUUUGAGUCGCACACAGACUUGUUCAGACGGAUUUCUCCUCGAGGGCUCUGAUGUUCCACGCCUUAAGGCCGCGGAAUGCCCUGGAUUUACUGGCGUAAAAGUGCGUGAUACUACCGCUGCAGAACAUGAAUACGGUAAUACAUGUAUUCUCAACAUGGCCAGCGCAGCAAGACCAGGAGGAGGCUGGUUAUCAGGGGCAUCAGCACAGGAGGAGUCGCUCUGCCGGAGGAGCACACUUCCCGAGACUCUCAAGGAGAGAUUUUACCGGAUCCCAAAGACCGGUGCUAUUUAUUCACCCUCUGUCGUCAUUUUUAGAACUAGCCGGGAGUCGGGGCAUAAGCUAAUGGCGUUGAACGACCCAGAUUCACUGCCUGUCGUGAGUGCUAUCAGUGUUGCUGCUCUCGUGCAUCCACAAAUUAAACGUGUGGGGGUUGUUACAACCUCAACCGACAGAGACGGGACUGUCAAGUCGGUUGCAUCGUCAAGGCAGGCCUACGCACGGGGAUCCGAAAGGAGAGCAAUGAAAGAGAAAAUGAGACAUAUCCUGAGGAUCUCAGCAUAUAAAAAACACAGAAGAAUAGUCUUGGGGGCUCUUGGUUGUGGAGCGUUUAAAAAUCCCAGAGAAGAUACGGCUGAUUGCUGGGCAGAGGUGUUUAGUGAAGCCGAGUUCCAAGGUGGAUGGUGGAAAGAUGUUGUCUUUGCCAUUCUUGAUCCGCUGUCUCAGCCUGGCCAGAAUAUCGGGAACGCCGGUGCCUACAUCCAGAGGUUGGAUGGACUCGCAGUGUCUGCUCCGUGA